AGAGCCGGUUCCGCAGGGCCUGUUCGGGCGGGGCUGGGGGCUUCCCCGCUGUGCCAGCUGUGGGGCCGGGAGCCCUGCUGGAGUGACGCCCGGCUGUCCCCACAGGUGAGGCACCGCCAGUCAGGGCAGGUCCUGGUGCUGAAGAUGAACAAGCUGACCAGCAACCGAGGGAACAUGUUGCGCGAGGUGCAGCUGAUGAACCGGCUCUGCCACCCCAACAUCCUCCGGUUCAUGGGGGUCUGCGUCCACCAGGGCCAGCUGCAUGCGCUGACAGAGUACAUCAAUGGGGGGAACCUGGAGCAGCUGCUCGACAGCCCCACCCUGCUCCCCUGGCCCGUCCGCCUCAAGCUGGCCCUGGACAUCGCCCGGGGGCUCUGCUACCUGCACAGCAAGGGCAUCUUCCACCGGGACCUGACCUCCAAGGUGGGGAGGGGGGCUGUGCUGCGCCCCACCCCUCCCCCUGCCUGGGCCUCAAAUGUCCCCCUCCCCCCCCCCCCGCGGCCCGGCCUUUACACAGGCUCUCCCCCCCCUUGCAGUGAGGGCGGUGAGAAGGAGCCCCUGGCUGUGGUGGGCUCCCCCUACUGGAUGGCCCCCGAGGUCCUGCGUGGGGAGCUGUACAACGAGAAG